GAACAAAUGUCGUCGGAGUUACAACACACAUCCGCCAUGUUUACCGGCGACAACACCCAGCUUCAUGUCGUUUUCCUCCCUUCUUUCCUUUCUGGCCACAUGAUCCCUCUGGUCCAAUUCGCCAGGCUCUUUGCAGCCCGUGGAGUUCGCUCCACCAUCAUCACCACCGUCYACAAUGCCCUCACAUUUCAAGCCUCCGUUGACCGUGACAUCGCCGCCGGGUACYCUAUCAACGUYCACACCGUAAACUUUCCAGCAUYGGAGGUCGGAAUUCCCAUCGGAGUAGAAAAUGUGGGCACUGCCCCUAAACCAGAAAUGGCAUCCGCAGUUUUCCGUGGGAUGAUGGUGCUCCAGACACCAAUCGAACAAUUGAUUCGCGAUCUUGCACCAGAUUGCAUCUGCUCCGACGUGUUAUUCCCAUGGACUAUUGACCUCGCCGACGAACUCAAAAUCCCGGGACUGUUUUUUWMCMCUAYUUCUGUCUUUUCUGAAWCCGUUUUCCGUAGCUUGAAAGUUAACGCUCCUCAGGMUAAAGUGAAAUCGGAAUCCGAGAGUUUUGUGGUUCCAAAUUUGCCAGAUAAAAUCACGAUGAACAGGUCCCAGGUCCCACAACAUCUUAAAACGAAGACCACAKUGAGUGCGAUAAUGGAAGCGGUUGAACAAUCUGAGAAGCGAAGUUGCGGAAUGGUUCACAACACGCUUUACGAGAUCGAACCUGCAUAUGUGGAUCACAAURACUUGUUGAAAGGUACCAAAACCUGGUCUGUUGGUCCACUUUUUCAGUUUUUCAACAACGAUGACGACAACGGAGGUGUGUCGGAAAAGCACACUUCUCUGAGUUGGCUCGACAAUCARAAACCCAAAUCGGUGAUAUACGCUUGUUUUGGUAGCAUGGYGAGAUUCCCAGAUGCUCAAAUCACUGAAAUUGCAUUGGCGUUGGAAGAAUCUAAGCAGCCGUUUGUUUGGGUGGUGGGCAAGAAGGGAGGAGAGGAAAAGAUCGGUGGAAUGCCGGAAGGUUUUCAGGAGAGGGUCGAGAAAGAAAAUAAGGGUUUAAUCUUGACGGCAUGGGCACCGCAGGUGAAGAUUCUACAACACCCGGCGGUUGGAGGGUUCUUGACUCACUGCGGUUGGAACUCCGUGAUGGAGGCCGUGGGCGCCGGUGUACCGAUGAUGACUUGGCCCUUGUUCGGCGAGCAAUUUUGCAACGAGAAGUUGGUUGAGCUUUUAGGGAUUGGAGUSGGUGUCGGGGYGGAAKUUGGGAACUCGAGUCCUGUGAUCAGAAGCCCAAUAGUCGAAAAAGGAAGUAUACUAGAGGCUAUUCGGGUGAUAACAGGUGGAUCCGCCAUAGCUGAAAGCAUCAGAAGCAAGUCAAAAGCGUUGUCCAUAAUAGCCAAAGAGGCUGUUGAACCAGGUGGGUCUUCUUUUAAUUGUUUAACGGCGUUGAUAGAAGAGCUCAACGCCGUUAAAUUGGCCUCAAAGUCGUUACCAUAAGACCAAGGAGUCAAUUACGUUUUAUUGCAUCCCCUCGAUAUUAGAACCUAUCUCCGUAUAUG